AACAAGGCAAAUAAGGGUGAACCAACUCAGGAAAAUUUUCACUCAUACAUAGGAAAUUUUCCAUCCAAAUUCAGCAGCCUCUUCCUUUCCCAUUCCCUUAUUUUCUUUCCAUUUUUAAUCCCAUUUUUUGAGUUAUAAAAAAAACCCUUUUGCCCUUUGUGCCAUUUUGUAAUUUGUCCCCUCAUCAAAUUUUGACAUUUUUCCUCAUCCGGUUCGUCAAGUUUGGCAUUAUUUGUGAUCUGGGAAGCAAUGGAAAUCGGCAAUAAGGAUCUACACGGCAAUGGGAAUGGCUCCUCCCUGGAGUCGUUUUGCGUGGGGCAUGAUCAGCUACAUGGGACACAGGAACCAUUGAACUGGGGCAUGGCUGCUGAGUCACUGAAAGGGAGCCACCUGGACGAGGUCAAACGGAUGGUCAACGAGUACAGGAAGCCAGUUGUCAGGCUGGGUGGAGAGAGCCUGACCAUAGCUCAGGUGGCUGCAAUUGCAAACCACGACAGUGGGAUCCACGUGGAGCUCUCUGAGGAGGCCAGGGCUGGGGUGAAGGCCAGCAGCGACUGGGUUAUGGAUAGCUUGAGCAAGGGUACAGACAGCUAUGGUGUAACCACUGGUUUUGGUGCAACCUCACACAGGAGAACCAAGCAAGGUGGAGCCCUCCAGAGGGAGCUAAUUAGAUUCUUGAAUGCUGGAAUCUUUGGCAGCAGCACAGAAUCUACCCACACAUUGCCUCACACCGCAACAAGAGCAGCAAUGCUUGUGAGGAUCAACACACUCCUCCAAGGCUACUCAGGCAUCAGAUUUGAAAUCUUGGAGGCCAUAACCAAGUUCCUCAACAGCAACAUCACCCCAUGCCUUCCUCUGAGAGGAACAAUCAGUGCAUCAGGGGACCUGGUUCCUCUCUCCUACCUUGCUGGGCUUUUGAUUGGCAGGCCCAACUCCAAGUCCACAGGGCCCAAUGGAGAAACCCUUACUGCUGCUGACGCCUUCAAGUUGGCUGGGGUUGAUGGUGGGUUCUUUGAGUUGCAGCCGAAAGAGGGUCUUGCAUUGGUCAAUGGCACUGCAGUUGGCUCUGGUUUGGCUUCUAUGGUUCUCUUUGAGGCCAACACUCAAGCAGUUUUAGCAGAAGUCAUGUCAGCAAUUUUUGCUGAAGUUAUGCAAGGGAAGCCUGAAUUUACAGACCAUUUGACACAUAAACUGAAGCAUCAUCCAGGCCAAAUUGAGGCUGCAGCCAUAAUGGAACACAUUUUGGCUGGAAGUGAUUAUGUAAAAGCAGCUGAAAAGGUGCAUGACUUAGAUCCUCUUCAGAAGCCUAAGCAAGACAGAUAUGCUCUUAGAACUUCUCCCCAAUGGUUGGGCCCACAGAUUGAAGUGAUCAGAGCAGCAACCAAAAUGAUUGAGAGGGAGAUCAACUCAGUGAAUGAUAACCCAUUGAUUGAUGUCUCAAGGAACAAGGCUUUACAUGGUGGAAAUUUCCAAGGGACCCCAAUUGGUGUUGCCAUGGAUAACACCAGAUUAGCCAUUGCUGCUAUUGGCAAACUCAUUUUUGCCCAAUUCUCUGAGCUUGUCAAUGACUUCUACAACAAUGGGUUGCCUUCAAAUCUCACAGGAAGCAGCAACCCAAGCUUGGAUUAUGGGCUCAAAGGUGCUGAAAUUGCAAUGGCAUCUUACUGCUCAGAGCUCCAAUUCCUUGGCAACCCUGUCACCAACCAUGUCCAAAGUGCAGAGCAACACAACCAAGAUGUCAACUCCUUGGGAUUGAUUUCUUCUAGAAAGACAGCUGAGGCUGUGGACAUAUUGAAGAUCAUGUCAUCCACAUACUUAGUUGCAUUGUGCCAAGCUGUUGAUCUGAGACAUUUGGAGGAGAACUUGAAGAGCACAGUGAAGAGCACUGUCAGUCAAGUGGCCAAGAGAGUCCUAACAGUGGGCUUCAAUGGUGAGCUUCACCCCUCUAGGUUCUGUGAGAAAGACUUGCUCAAGGUGGUUGACCGCGAGUACGUUUUCGCUUACAUCGAUGACCCCUGCAGUGCUACCUAUCCAUUGAUGCAGAAACUGAGGCAUGUUCUAGUUGAGCAUGCAUUGAACAAUGGUGAGAAGGAAAAGAGUUCAAGCACUUCAAUCUUCCAAAAGAUUACAGCUUUUGAAGAGGAGCUUAAGACCCUCUUGCCCAAAGAAGUUGAAAGUGCCAGGCUUGAAUAUGAUAAUGGAAAACCAGCAAUCCCAAACAGAAUCAAAGAUUGCAGGUCUUACCCACUAUACAAGUUUGUGAGAGAAGAGCUGGGAACUGCUUUGUUGACAGGUGACAAAGUAAGAUCACCAGGUGAGGAAAGUGACAAGGUGUUCAAUGCAAUCUGUGCUGGAAAGUUUAUUGAUCCUCUGCUGGACUGCUUGAAGGAGUGGAAUGGUGCUCCUCUUCCCAUAUCUUAGAGAGUGCUGGUUAUGGCUUUACUACUGCAAAUUACUUAAUUUUCUUUUCAAAAAUUUAUGUUUUUUUUUUCCUUUUAUACAAGGCUGUAUGGCCUUGAAACUGGAAAGUGCAUGGUUUUUUUUUUUCUUUUAUUUUCAUUUUAUUGCUUAUAUGUUGUCUACAUUGUAGUCGAUCUUCAGCAGAUCAACAAAAUGUAUUAUAAACAAAAGUCACAAAAGGUGGCUUUAUUUCUUUAAAUCUCUUUCUCUAUCUCUGAGGAUGUGUUCUUUUGCCCAACCUGUAUGAAA